UUUGGGUUGCGGCUUGUGAGCGACAAGCAAAAGGUGCCCAGAAGCAGGGGGGUAUUUUUUCAUCUUGCUGUAAUCGAAAAUGGCGACUUCCUUAGGUUCUAACACGUACAACAGACAGAAUUGGGAGGACUCUGACUUCCCUAUUCUCUGUCAGACAUGUUUAGGGGAGAAUCCAUACAUCCGAAUGACCAAAGAAAAGUAUGGCAAAGAGUGCAAGAUCUGUGCCCGUCCCUUCACCGUGUUCCGCUGGUGUCCGGGGGUCAGGAUGCGCUUUAAGAAGACGGAAGUGUGUCAGACCUGCAGUAAGAUGAAAAAUGUGUGUCAGACCUGCCUACUGGAUCUGGAGUACGGUUUACCUAUUCAAGUCAGAGACACAGGGAUAUCCGUAAAAGACGACAUGCCAAGAUCGGAUGUGAACAAAGAGUACUACACCCAGAACAUGGAGAGAGAGAUCGCGAAUUCGGAUGGUACGAGACCAGUCGGUGCUCUGGGCAAAGCCCCAGGGGCCAGUGACAUGCUGUUGAAGCUCGCCCGCACCACUCCGUACUACAAGAGGAACAGACCUCACAUCUGCUCUUUCUGGGUGAAAGGAGAGUGCCGGAGAGGAGAGGAGUGUCCUUACAGGCACGAGAAGCCCACUGACCCAGAUGACCCGCUGGCUGAUCAGAACAUUAAGGACCGCUACUACGGCAUCAAUGACCCGGUGGCUAAUAAGCUGUUGAAGCGAGCCUCCACCAUGCCUAGGUUAGACCCACCUGAGGACAAGUCCAUCACCACGCUGUACAUCGGAGGCCUAGCAGAUACCAUUACAGAUUCAGAGCUCAGGAAUCAUUUCUACCAGUUUGGGGAGAUCCGCACCAUCACCGUAGUGCAGAGGCAGCAGUGCGCCUUUAUCCAGUUUGCCACUCGUCAGGCUGCUGAGAUGGCCGCCGAGAAAUCCUUCAACAAGCUGAUCAUUCACGGCCAUCGCCUCAACGUCAAGUGGGGCAGGUCCCAGGCAGCACGAGGAAAAGAUGGUGAAAAGGAAGGCGUGACUGAAAGUGGAAUCAGACUGGAGCCUGUGCCCGGCCUCCCUGGAGCGCUGCCUCCACCGCCCGUCUCUACAGACGACAUCUCGGCCAACUAUUUCAACUUGGCGCCUAACACCGGUCCUGCAGUCAUGAAUUUAGGGAUCCCUCCUCCCCCAGGAGUAGCCAUGCCGCCACCUCCAGGUUUUGGCCCACCUAUGUACCCCUCUAUGGAUCCUAUGGCCCCUCCAAUGCCACCUCCAAUGGCCAUGAGGCCUCCAGGUCAGGUGCAUUAUCCAUCCCAAGAUCCUCUGCGUAUGGGUGCACAUGCCAGCCGCCACGGAGGCUCCUAGACCUGGAAGGAAGCUAUACCUUUCUGUAUGGAUACGUAUAGGAGUGACGAAGACUCUACCUUUUUUUUUUUUUUUUUUGCCAAUGCCCCACCCCCCCCUGUUUCUGGAGUCUUUUUAUAUCAGUAACCUUUUAUGAACUUGGUGAACUUGUUGUAGUGUUCCUACUGUUCUAGAAAUAAACAUCUAAACUAAUUAUAGCCAACUUAAAACAAUAGGACAUACCUCAUUUGUAAUGCUUUUAUAUUUGCAAUCAGAGGUUUCAGAAUGCGGAGAGGAUUUAGUUUUUGUUUUUUUUUGUUUUUUUAAUUGGAAGAAAGGUGGAGUUUUUCUUUUUCCAGUCCUGUGUAACAAGCAAAAGUAACUUGCAAUGACCAAUAAAUACCACAUGAGGCCAUUGCUGACUGCUCUUUUAGUCCAACCAAAGCAACAAAUGAUCAGUACUGAGAACGGAUUUGUCAAAUAAGAGACAUAACAAGAUGGAUCAAAUAUGCAUUGUUUAUAUUGUUUGUCUUGUAAUGGCUUCCUGCCUAAUCCUGCUUUCUGUACAUUUAUAUCUAGCUCUACAGCUCGAGUAGAAAAUACUCAGUGUCUUUAUUGGCUCAGUUUGCAGUUUAUAUCAUGACAUUUCAUGCAUGCUGAUGACGGUGUGCGUGUGCCGUGUUUGAAAUGCAGUUCUUCACCGCUUCCUGCUCAGAGGUCUCGGCCAUACGUUAAGCUGUCCAGCCUCUCGGGAUGCGGUUAAAGUUGGGCCGAGCGCACAUCCUCUCCCAGGUGAGUGUGGGCUCCGUGUAGGCCUGCAAGAGUUCAAAGCCAGGCAGAGGCAGGGUCCUGGUGCCACCUGACGUCCCUCCAAAUGGCAUCGGAGCUCUGUGAAAACAUCAGACCGUGACACAGCCUCAUUGGGGCUUUGAGGGUCAGUAGGAAUUUGGCUUGGUACGAGCUACAUCGGCACCACCCGUACAUCGCGAUGGCCUACACCACGAGAUGGAGUUUAGCAAUUCGGACUCUGAAAGCGUUGUUUCUUUGUUUAUCAUGUGACUGUCAUCUCGAAUAAAUUUCUUCCAUAUUUUGCAUGGGC